AUGAAGUUCACUAUCCUUCUUUCCUUCUUCGCCUUGGCCGAGAGUCUCACCAUCCCGGCAGAGCUGGCGGAUGGUGCCUACAUCAUCAGCAUAGACGCCGACGGCAAGCAGAUCAUGACCGAGCUGGGCAACAUCAACACUACCAGCACUGACUCGCCCGCCAACAACGAAGUUGGCAAGCGCGCUAUUGGCUGGCCCUCCGGAACAUUUGCCUCCUGCCCCGGGGGCAACUGGUUCAGGCAGGACGAGUUUUACGAUCACGCUUACAACUUAUUCUACAAUUCAUGCAAGGGGAGCGGCACGAUCUCCAACGGCAGAAGUUUGUUCGUUAAUUGUGGUACAUCAAAGGCGUACAUGUGCUCUUACGGAAAUAACCCGUGCGCCGUGGAUGAAUGGGCCGGCGCCGUGGACUGGAUUGCGGGCUCCUGCAACCGCCGCGACGGUGGAUAUAUGGAACCAGGUCAGUCGCCUAGAACAUACAGGAACCUUGGGAGAGUGCAUGGGAAUAAGUGGGAGUACGGCCCGGGAUAA